AUGAAAUGUCUCAUUCAACACAACCCGGAGUAUGUUUCUUUGGCUUGGGGUGCCAUGAAGUUUCUGUUUGUUGCGUUUGUCAACCACGAAAAUGCAUGUUCUACCCUCGCCAAGGGUCUUUGCCAGAUUGGAUCGAUUCUCCCUCGCGCAGAGCUAUCACUUAUUCUUUAUCCUACCAAACGCAUGAAGCGUGCCGUCGCUGAGCUAUAUGCCAACAUUAUCAAGUUCCUGGUACGAAGCAAAAGAUGGUACGAGGAAGGGAAGCUGAAGCACAUCUGGCACUCGUUGUCUCGCCCAUCUGAACUGCGAUAUGCCGAUCUUUUGGAAAACGUUAAAGAGCGAUCUGAGCUGAUUGAGACCCUGAGCGCUUCUGGCGCACAAGCCGAGCAAAGGGAGAUUCACCGCAAAAUCGAUCAUGAAGGCUCCCAACUUACCGUUAUGCAUGAGGAGGUGAGAGAGCUGAAGGCCAUAAUCAUGAGUUGUUUUUCCCAUCCUCGUUGA